AUGGAGGACGACAUAGCCGUCGUUGGCUUUUCCAUCAAGCUCCCCCAGGGCGUGGACGACAUUGCCAGCUUCUGGGAUGUCCUGGCGCACCGAAAGAACCUUUCGACAAACUGGCCAGAGUCGCGCAUCAAUAUAGGAUCAGUCACGUCUAGCAACUACAAUAAGGUGCAAUGUCGAGGCGGCCACUUCAUCGACGAAGACCCGGCCGUUUUCGACGCCCCCUUCUUUUCCGUCACGGCAAAAGAGGCGGCAUCCAUGGACCCGAUGCAGCGGUGGACACUUGAGGCGUCGUACCGCGCCUUUGAAAACGCCGGAAUUCUCGUCGAAAGCCUCAACGGGUCGCGCACCGCCGUCUUCUCGGCGUCCAUGUCUGACGACUACAACCGGAUGACUGCGCAGGACCCCGAGGACCAUCCGCGCAUGGCCACUACGGGCACUUUUGCGUCCAUCAUUCCCAACCGCGUCAGCUGGUAUUUCGACCUGCGGGGACCGAGCGUCCAUGUCGACUCGGCCUGCUCGAGCAGCCUGCUGGCCGUCGACCUGGCUUGCCAGUCCAUCAAGAGCGGCGAGGCCUCGGCCGCCCUUGUCACGGGAUCCAACCUGAUCCUGGGGCCGACCGUGUUCCAGCUGCUCUCGGCGCAGGGCUUCAUGUCGCCCGACAGCCGGUGUUUUAGCUUUGACCACCGGGCGAACGGCUACGCCAGAGGCGAAGGCGUCAUUGCCCUCGUGGUGAAGCCGCUGCUGGAUGCCGUGCGCGACGGCGACAUGAUCCGGGCCGUCAUCAGGGGGUCGGGGUCUAACCAAGACGGCCACACGCCCACCCUCACACAGCCGAGUUCUGGGGCGCAGGAGGACUUGAUACGGCGUGUGUACAAAAACGCGGACCUGCCCCUGGACAAGACACGCUACUUUGAGGCUCACGGCACCGGCACGCCGGUUGGCGACCCGCUCGAGAUGAAGGCCAUUGGCAGAGUCUUUCGAAACUCUCGCUCAACCGAAGAGCCGCUCUACGUCGGCUCCGUCAAAGCAAACAUUGGCCAUCUCGAAGGGAGCAGCGGCCUUGCUGGCGUCAUCAAGUCAAUCUUGGCGCUCGAAAAGGGCGUGAUCCCGCCCAAUGCGCUAUUUGAAAAGAUGAACCCCAAGAUCGACGCCGAGUGGUAUCACGUCGAGGUCCCGACAGUUCCCACGGCAUGGCCGUGCGAGGGCCUGCGCCGCGUGUCGGUCAACUCGUUUGGCUUCGGCGGCACCAACACGCACGUCGUCAUGGACGACGCCCUGCACUACCUCGAGGAGCGCGGCCUGGCCGGGAACCACAACACCACGGCCCACCCGAUUGCCGAGACGGCAGCUAACGGCCACGCGGUCACCAACGGCACCAACGGCAACGACAGCCACAAAACCAACGGCCAAGCCUCCAUCUCACUACCCGAUGACUCGCCGCGACUGCUCGUCUGGACGGCGGCGGACGAGAAAGCAGUCGAGCGCAUGACGAAGCAAUACACAGCCUUCAUCGCCAGCACCAUCAACACCUCCACGUCCACAGCCAGGCUCGACCAGCUGGCGUACACGCUCGCAGCGCGGCGCAGCCGCAUGCUCUGGCGCGAGUUUGCGCUCGUGCGCAGCAGUAGUGCACAGCCGCCGUCGGUGGCCACGAGCAAGAAGCCGACGCGCAGCUUUGGCGGGUCCGGCGACGGCGGGGUGGCGUUUGUGUUUACCGGGCAGGGCGCGCAGUAUGCCGGCAUGGGUGCCGGGCUGCUGCGGUACCCCGUGUUCCGCGAGACGCUGCAGGCUGUAGAUGGGGUUUAUAAGGGGUUGGGGUGCGGGUGGUCGGUUUUUGAUGAGUUGCGCAACAGCGACCGCAUCGACUCGCCAGAGUACAGCCAGCCCCUGUCAACGGCGGUUCAGCUCGCGCUGGUCGAGCUGCUCAAGAGCUUCGGCAUCGUGCCCAAGGCCGUCAUAGGGCAUUCGUCCGGCGAGAUUGCGGCCGCCUACGCCAUCGGGGCGCUAUCGCUGGCCUCGGCCUGCAAGGUCUCGUUCUUCCGCGGGCAGCUGGCCGGGAAGCUCAAGGCAGCCACCCGCAACGAGCCGGGCGCCAUGAUGUCCGUCAACCUGGCCGAGGACGCGGUGGCGGCCUACAUCGACAAGACGGGCGUGCCGGGGCUGGCAGCCGCCGUCAACGUGGCGUGCAUCAACAGCCCGGGCAACGUGACGCUGUCGGCCAGCGAGGCGGCCCUGGACCAGCUCAAGGCGCACCUGGACCGCGACGGCGUGUUCGCGCACAAGCUCAAGACGGGCGUGGCCUACCACUCGCCGUACAUGGCACAGAUCGCCGACGAGUACUUGGGGUUGAUGGGCUCGUUGGAAGGGGACGCCAAACGGACACCGGGUGCAGCCAUGCCCAUGGUAUCGUCGGUGACGGGGCGGGCGGUGCGCGACGGCGGGGCGGUGCUCGCGACGGCGCAGUACUGGGUCGACAACAUGAUGUCGCCGGUGCGGUUCGCCGAGGCGGUGCGCGUGCUAACGCGCGAGACGGCCAGCCUCAGGGUCGGGCUCGGCAGCAUCACAGACCUCGUCGAGGUCGGCCCGCACCCGGCGCUGCGCCGGCCCCUCGAGGACACGCUAAAAGCCGACGGCGACACCUGCAGCGCCGCGCGCUGGACGUACUCGUGGGUGCUGCACCGCUCGCAGCCUGCCGUCGACUCGGCCAUGGAGCUCGCCGGCAAGCUGUUCUGCCGCGGCCACGGCGUGCGCGUGGACGCGGUCAACAUGAUGCAGCAGCACAAAAACACCAAGCCGCGGCCGUUCGCCGUCGACGCGCCCGAGUACCCGUUCGACCACUCGAAGCGGUACUGGGCCGAGUCGCGGCUGUCGCGCGACUACCGGCUGCGGGAGGAAACGACGGGGGCGCUCCUGGGAGCACGGUCGUGCGACUGGAACCCGCUGGAGCCGCGGUGGCGCAACUUCUGGAGCGUGGAGACGGCGCCGUGGACGGGGGACCACGUGGUCAGCAACACAGUCAUCCUGCCCGGCGCGGCCAUGCUGGUCAUGGCCAUCGAGGCCGUGCAGAACCACCUGUGCCCGCCGCCCCGAAAGGUCGCCAGCUUCUACGUGCAGGAGGCGCGCUUCCUCAGCCCCGUCGUCGUGCCGGCCGCCUGGGACGACCGCGCCGAGACCAUGGUGCACCUGCGCCCGGUGCGCGGCAAGGACGGCGCCGGCGAGAGCCUCAGGGACCGCGCGGCGUCGGCGUGGGCCGAGGUCGUCAUCUAUUCGUAUCGCGACAGCCAGCAGCCGUGGACCGAGUGCUUCCGCGCCACGGUGCAGGCGCAGUUCGGCGACGACGACGACGCCGCCGCCGUGAGCGCAGACGCGCGCGAGGAGCGGCGGCUGGCCGACGCGGCCGUCAAAGGCGAGCACGAGCGCGCGGCGGUGGCGUGCGCGGCGCGGCCCAUCGAUGCCGCGGUGUUCUACGAUGACGCGGCCGAGCAUGGCAUCGGCUGGGGCGACUGGUUCAGGGUUCUGGGCGACAUGGGGUGGGACGGGGCGGCGCGGGCCGUCGGGCGCGUCGACCUGGGCGUCAACAAGUCUGCAGCUGCGGCACGCUACCAGACGGCCAGCCUCGUGCACCCGGCCGUACUGGACGGCGUCUUCCACGCGUUGCGCCUCGCAACGACGCGCGGGCUCCGGCUGUCGGCGGCCACGACGCACAUCCCCGUGCGCGUGGCCGACGCCUGGUUUGCGCCCCGCGGGUGGCAGGCGCCCGACACAAGCUCGGUGCGGUACCUGGCCACGUCGCGCGGCGCGCCCGGCCGCGAGCGCUGCGAGGGCGCCGUCACGGCGCUGGCCGACGACGGCACGGUGCUGUGCACCAUGGGCAGCCUGACCAUGGCGGCCGUGUCCACGGGGGACACGCACGACAGGAUAGAGAAGACACUGCUACACCGCAUCGAGUGGAGGCCGCAGCUGAGCUUGCUCACGCCCGCGCAGCUGGCCGCCGUGUGCGACGCCGACGCCAUCGACAAGGACGAGGCCACGAUGCGCCUGCACUACGGCAAGCUGCGGGUCGUGCUCGACCACGCCAUCGCCCGCGCGCUGCAGGCCAUCGACACGCCCGCCAGCGCCGUGCGCGUCCCGGCCUCGCUUGCUAGGCACGCCGACUGGAUGCGAUACUAUGUCCAGCAGCAGCAGCAGCAGCAGCAGACACAAAACCCCGCCGGCCCCUUUUCCGCCGCCGGCGCCCUCGAAGCCCUGGUACAGGAAAUCGAAACCCUGCGUCCAGCCUGGAAGCUGCACGCGACAGUGGUCCGCUCUCUCCCAGCAAUGCUCAGCGGCAGCGUCGACCCUUUGCAGGUCAUCUUUGGCGGCGACGAGGCCGACACGUUCUACGCCGACAUGUUCGCGACCGUCUGCGACAGCCGGCUGCACAGCUUCCUGGCCCUCGCCGCGCACGAGAACCCGCAGCUGCGCAUCCUCGAAGUCGGCGCCGGCACGGGCGGGAUGACGGGGCGGGUGCUGGGCGCGCUGCUGGGCGUCGAGGCCGCGAGCGGCAACGCUGGCGUGCGCUGCUUCGCCGAGUACGCGUACACGGACGUGUCGCCGGCGUUCUUUGAGCGGGCGGCGGCGCGCUGGGAUAAUGUCAGGGACCGCAUGGCGUUCCGCGCGUUCGACAUGAAGGCCGCUCCGGAAAGCCAGGGGUUUGAGGAAGGGGCGUAUGAUCUCGUCGUGGCGGGGAGCGUGCUGCAUGCGACCGAGGACUUGAUGGCCACGAUGCGCAAUGUCAGGAGGCUGCUAAAGCCGGGCAGUGGGCGGCUGCUGGUGCUUGAGGCCAUCGCGCCCGACGAUGUCGCUAGCAACUUCACGUUCGGGCUCGUGCCGGGCUGGUGGGGCAAGCGCGAGCCGUGGCGCGGCCUGUCGCCGGCAAUUCCGGAGGCCCAGUGGGACACGGUGCUGCGCGAGUCUGGGUUCAGCGGGAAUGAUCUGUGUUUGCGCGACUAUGCCAGCGACGACUGCCACUUGUUCAGCGUCAUCGUCUCGCGCGCUGUCGAGGAGGCAGCAGGCGACGAGGAGAAAGCCGACACAGCGCCGUCCCGGCUGACCAUUGUUGUCGCCGACGAUGCCGCCACGCACCAGACCCGCCUCGCCAGCCUACUGUGCACCCAGCUGGCCGCGCAGGAGACACGUGUCGUGGCCUUCGACGCCCUGCACGCCGCCGAGCUGGGCGAGCACGACACGGUGGUGAGCAUUGCCGAGGUGCGCCAACCGCUGCUCGCGAGCCUGUCGCCGCGCCGCUUCCUCGCCGUGCAGGACCUGAUCCGGCGAGCGCACAGAUUACUCUGGGUUACGGCUGUGGCCGACAGCGCCGACGACGGCGCCGAGUGCGCCCCCGAGUACAGCGUCGUGCAGGGGUUCCUGCGCACGCUGCGCGCCGAGGAGGGCGCGGCCAAGCGGCUGGUCAGCCUAGCCAUCGAGUCGUUCGCGCGCAGCGACAGCAAAAACGAUGACGACGACAACGGCAAAAACGAUGACGACGACGACGGCAAUGAUGCGUGCGCAGGCUUCAUUGCAACAGCCCUGCGCGCCGCCUUUUCCACCUCCUCCUCGUCGCCCGAGCUCGAGUACGUCGUGCGCGACGGCCUACUAACAACAGGGCGCGUGGUGGCCGACGCUGCGCAGAACACGGCGCUGCACGCGCUGCUGCAGCCGCGGCUGCGGCACGAGCCGUGGCUGGCUUCCCCGUCUGAGAGCGCGCCGCUACAGCUGCGCACGGGCAAGACGCUCGAGGAGCUGCACUUUGUCGAGGACACCGUGUGCCGAGCCGACACGCCGCUCGGCGCGCGCGAGGUCGAGGUCGAGGCCAAGACGUGGGCUGUCAACUUCCGCGACGUGCUGGUGGCGCUGGGGCGGAUUUCCGAGGAGGGUGGUGGUGGCGGUGAUUUGGGCAGCGACUGCGCGGGCGUCGUGACGCGCGUGGGUAGCGCCGUGGGCGGCGUAGCGCCGGGCGACCGCGUGGUCAUGGUGGCUCCGGGGGCGAUGCGGGCGUUUCCGCGCGCCGAUGAGCGCGCCGUGCUGCGGAUCCCGUCUGACAGUCUCUCGCUCGAGACCGCCGCGUCGGUGUUGGUGCCUGGCAUGACUGCCGUGUACGCGCUGCGCGAGGUCGCGCGGCUGCGGCGCGGCGACCGCGUGCUCGUCCACGCCGCCGCCGGCAGCACCGGCCAGAUGGCCGUGUGGGUCGCGCGGCUGGCCGGCGCCGACGUUUUCGCCACGACGAGCUCGCCCGAGAAGAGGGCGUUCCUGCGCGACACGCUCGGGAUCCCCAAGGACAGGAUCUUUUACAGUCGGGACACGUCGUUUGCGAAAGGCAUCAUGCGGGUCACUGGCGGGCGCGGCGUCGACGUGGUGCUUAACUCGCUGACGGGCGAGGGCCUGCGGGCCAGCUGGCAGUGCGUGGCGCCGUAUGGCCGGUUUGUGGAUAUCGCCGAGGCGGAUAUUCGCGAGAACGCCAGCCUGCCCAUGGGCCGCUUUGCCCAUAAUGUCAGCUUUGCCGCUGUCGACCUGCACCACGUCGCCCGGACCGACCUGGAGCUGACGGCGCGCCUGCUGCGCGAUACGGUCGACCUGCUGGCCGACGGCAAGAUCCAACACCCUACCCCGCUGCACUGCUAUCCCGUGUCGCAGGUCGAGCGCGCGUUCCGCCAUCUCCAGGGCGGCAAGAAUAUCGGCAGGAUCAUGAUAACCGUCGGUCGUGACGACGUUGUGCCGCAACUCGUCCUCAGGCACCGGCCAUGGACCUUUGACCCGCAGGCCUCGUUCGUAAUUGCCGGCGGAUCUGGCGGGCUGGGCCGUGCCAUAGCGAGGUGGAUGGUCUCGCGGGGGGCACGACAUCUCAUCCUACCGUCUCGCUCGGGCGGUGCGUCGUCUAAGGCCGCCUCGGAGCUAGUGGCCGAGCUGCGUGCAAAGGGGGCGCGCGUCCAAGUCCCUGCAUGCGAUGUUUCCGACGCGUCCGCGCUGGCGCGCAUGCUCGCCGACUACCACGAGGUGCACGGCAUGCCAGCCGUGCGCGGGUGCAUCAACGCGGCCAUGGUGCUGCAGGACGCCGUCUUUGCCAACAUGACGCACGCGCAGUGGGAGCUGACCCUGCGGUCCAAGGUGCAGACGUCGUGGAACCUGCACCGGCAGCUGCCCGCGGGGCUCGACUUCUUCGUCAUGCUGUCGUCGCUCAUCGGCGUGCUGGGCGGCAUGGGCCAGAGCAACUACGCUGCCGGCAACGCCUUCCAGGACGCCCUGGCCCGACACCGCGUGCGCCGCGGCCAGCGUGCCGUCGCCAUCGACGUCGGCUGGAUGCGCAGCAUCGGCAUCGUCGCCGAAAAGGCCGAGUACCAGCGCAACCUCAAGACGUCCGAAGACAUGCAGCAGCUGGACGAGGACGAGCUGCUGGCCUUGCUGACACUGCUCUGCGACCCGAGCUGGCCCCAGCCCCCGCCCUCGCCCUCGCCCGACGCCGAGCACGACGCGCAGGUGCUGUUCGGUCUGCGCACGCCCGACGAGUUCCUUGCCCGCUGUCAGCAGCCGCCCGAGCUGCUCGACCGGCCGCUGUUCGCCGCCUUUGCCCACGCGCCCACAGCUUCCAGGGCCGGGGGACAGAGCCGCGAGGCUGGCGGCGCAGAGCAGACCGCGGCGGCAGCUUUCCGGGCAACGGAGGACACCAACGAGCGCAUCCAGAUUGUGCUGGGCGCACUGGCGCGCAAGCUGGCGCGGGCCAUGGCCAUCUCGGCCGACGACGUCGAGCUAGGCAAGCCGCUGUCGAGCUACGGCGUCGACUCGCUCAUGGCCGUCGAGCUGCGCAACUGGAUCGGCAAGGACUUCCAGGCCACCGUCGCCGUCUUCGACAUUAUGGGCAACGUGCCCAUCGCCAAGAUUGGCGACCUGGUGGUAGCUAGGAGCAGUGUGGGCAAGAGUUAAAAUGGCCUGGUAGGAGAAGUAAAGGUGUGGCAGCCAGGUUUUUUUUUUCUUUUCUCCCUUUCUUUUUCAUUUGAUCUAGGUAUUUCUCCAAUUGACUUUUUCC